UCUGUGCUGCAAAGAAUGCUGGGACGGGAAGCAACAUCAGCACUUAGCGGGUGUUUCGGUUCAGACUGUGCAUUUGUAAAUUAAAAUAAACACUAUAUAAUGGUCGUGAGCAGGCAACAUUUGUGUUUAAGACAGGAUAAUUUGCAUUCACCUUUAUAAGCGCAGAAUCCGACCGAGUUGUUAUACCAACCGGUAUGGUCUUGGGCGUAUCAAGUCAAAGUUGGCAGUAGAUCUUUUUAAAGUCUGGAAAACUACAAUACAUUUUCCGUAGCUGGACAGAAGAGGAAGUUAACGCGCUCAGCAUCACCAUGGCGAGUGUUCACGAGAGCUUGUAUUUUAACCCAAUGAUGACCAACGGGGUAGUGCACGCUAACGUCUUCGGGGUAAAAGACUGGGUUACACCAUACAAGAUAACUGUGCUGAUGCUGUUGGAUGAGAUGACCAUAUCGACGUCUAUAACUCUACUGGACAGAAGACGGCUUAACAAACUGAUCUUGCCAUUGCUGCAGAGUCCAGACAUGACACUCUCUCAGUUGAUCAAGACUGUUGAAGACUCCUGCCCACAGCUGGCUUACACUGUUCAUUUAAGGUUGCAACUAAUGGCUGAUGGGGAGCUGAAGGAUAUGGAGCACUUUUUUGAUAUGUUACCCAGUCCAUUUAAUGAGACAGAAUCAGAAGCACACAAAACAAGUGUAGUAGGGUUGUUUAUGCGUCACAUGGUCUUGGCGUACAACAAACUGUCCUUCAGUCAAGUGUACAAGCUGUAUACGGCACUGCAGCAGUACUACCAGAGCUAUGAGAGGAAGGACAGCCCAGCCGCAGAGCCAGCUGAGGACACAGACAUGGAGCUGACCAACACUGAGGAGCUGGGAGGGAAGAUGGAGAAAGAGGAGCUGGACCUGGAACCCAGUGAUGAUGAAGUCUCCACUAGGGGCCCUCUAUCCCAGAAGCAGGCAGAGUAUUUUCUAGCUCAGCAGGCGUAUUUGCUGAAGAAUGAUGAAAACAAAGCCCUGGACCCAGCAGCUCUGCAGAAGGAACUGAACAACAUGUUAAAGUUUAAUCCUGAUUUCGCUGAAGCUCAUUACUUGAGUUACCUGAACAGCAUGCGAGUCCAGGAUAUUUUUAACUCCACAGACAGUCUUCUGCAUUACUUCGAUCGGCUCAUUCUGCCUGGAGGAGACAGCAAAAGCAACGGGGAUGAAGGCUGUGGACGCAGCCUGCGGUAUGCUGCUCUCAACCUCGCCGCUCUGCACUGCCGCUUCGGACACUAUCAACAGGCUGAGCUGGCUUUGCAAGAAGCAAUUCGCAUUGCCCAAGAAUCCAACGAUCAUGUUUGCUUGCAGCACUGUUUGAGUUGGCUGUACCUCCUGGAACAAAUGAAGGGCUCUGACAGCACUCUCACUGAACACGCUGUGAAAAUGGCUGUACACUUCUGUUUACCAUAUUUAGCAUCCCUUGGAAUUCAGUCAUUGGUGCAACAAGGGGCUGUUGGGGGAAAGACAGCAAAUAAAUUAAUGGAUGCUUUGAAGGACACUGAUCUGUUACACUGGAAGCACAGCCUGUCUGAGCUCAUUGAUAUCAGCAUAGCACAGAAAACUGCUAUCUGGAGAAUGUAUGGGAAAAGCACGAUGGCACUCCAGCAAGCCCAGGUGCUGCUGAGCAUGAACAGCCUGGAGCCGGUGAAUCUGGGAGUGCAGCAGAACAACUCGGAGGCCUUCGCCGUGGCGCUGUGUCACCUGUCUGAGCUGCACGCAGAGCAGGGUCUUUUUGCGGCCGCCUCCGAGAUCUUGAAACAUCUGAGGGAGCGGUUUCCUCCUCACAGUCAACAUGCAAAACUGUGGAUGCUGUGUGACCAGAAGAUCCAGUUCGACAGAGCUAUGAAUGAUGGGAAGUAUCACAUGGCAGACUCUUUAGUCGUGGGGAUAGCUGCUCUGAGCAAGACUGAGGGUUUGUAUAGAAAAGCACUUGUAUUGAAGGCUCGGAACCAAACUACGGAAGCCUAUAAAGUCCUACAAAGACUCCUGCUGUACUGUGAGAAAAUAAAGGGAACAGAAAUGACCAUCCGAGUGAUGCUGUCUCUAGCCGAGCUGCACUGGAGCUCCUCUUGCCACGCUGUCGCGCUCCCCUUGCUGCUGAGAUCUCUCGCCGUGUCCCGCGAGUACCACCUGCAGUACCUCGCCUCCGAGUGCAUCCUGCACCUGGCCUUCUCACAGCUGAUGCUUGGCAUCCCUGAACAGGCGUUAAAUAUCCUGCACAUGGCUAUCGAGCCCAUCCUGGCACACGGGGCUCUCCUGGACAAAGGCCGUGCCAUGCUCUUAGUGGCCAAGUGUCAGAUUGUUACAGCCUCAUCAGAGCCUUCGAAACAACAGAAGACCCAGGCUUUGGAAGUGGCUGUUCAAAACCUGGAGGAAGCCGGCACUUAUUUUACCAAAGUGGACUGCAAAGAGAGAGUGAGAGACAUCUAUUACCUGCAAGCCCGGCUCUACCACUCUCUGGGGAAGACUGCGGAGAGGAAUAAAUGUGCAAUGCUCUUCCGCCAACACAACCAGGAGCUGCCAUCUCAGGGAGUGCCGCUGAUCACCAGGCUGUGAAACUGAAUUAGAGACCGUGAACGAGCCUGUCGCUAGUGCUGUCCACUCCCAAUCACCCAGCACAGGGAGCUUCUGUUGAAAAUCGUGUGUACAUUGGUUAUAUUAAAUAGUGUAUAUUUCAAAUAGUAAAGAGAAAUGAUGCUCUCAUUUUUGUGUCUGUGUGUUUUGGGUUCUCAAAACCUUACACCAAACUUUCAUUCGCAUCUUAUGUUCUGAAAGGUGGAGAAAAACACCCUGUGGUGUUCUAGAACUAGAACUGAACAACUAAAAAGCUUAAUGAAUGUCUUGUACCUUCAGAAGAAAGCAGUGGAAUGUGCUGUACUGUUUACACUCCCCCAAAGAUCCUACUCAAGGGAAUAUGGACUGAAUGAAUUAUAGGAAAUGUUUUUUAAUACAGUAUUUAAAUACAUCACUUCAUUCUCAUUGGCCUCUUAGUUACCUGGUAGUGAUGACUUUCAAGAGCAGUAAUAGAGCCAGUAUCAUGGGAAGUCUGCAAUCAAAGGGAAUGAAGUCAUAGGCUAGUCAAUACAAAGCUGGGGUUUUAUGAGUCGGUCAGUUCUUAUACUUUGUGGGUUUGCAUGUAUUGAUUUACAUUUGUUUUAGAACUAAAAUGUUCUGCAUAAGUAUACAGUGCAUUUUUACUGAAACGCAACCCCUUAAUUGUACACUAGGGGGCUCUGUAUCCUAAGGAAUAGUAACGUUUCAGUCCCAGCGUGUGUAUUUCAGCUCUUGUCUCCUGUUCAAAACUGGUUAUCAAGCUUCAGUUUUACAAAGCAAAUCGUUUUUGAUGUAUGGUGACAUGGAAAAGGUCAUUUGUGUUUUGCUUUUAUUUUUUCAUGUAAUGUUUUUAUAUAAUGAAACUAAACCUCCUUCUUUCUGUCUCCCA